AUGCAUAUUUCACCUGAAAAAACUAGUUUACCUGAUCCUCUUAUUGUUGAAAAGAAAAAAACUCAGGCAAAAACCACUAAGCCUAUCAUUCCUGUUACAAGAAAAACUAGAAGAGAAAUUUUGAGAGGCCUUGAGAGACAAAAGGCCAAAGAUAAACUAAGAGUUGUAGUCUUAAAUUUUAAUCCUUCUUUAGUUUUUAUAGCUGCAGCUAAAAUUCAUUCUAAUUCCCCAAACAGAAUAAGGUUACCUGGUAUGAACCAUAAAAUAAUUCACAAUACUUGUGACAGUAGAAAAGCUAAUUUAUGGAUGUUUUGGAAUAAUUCAGUAAGUACUCCAGUGGCAGAACAUUUUUCAAGACAAAGUAUUAUUGUGGAGGUAGGGGAUGUCCUUAUUACUGGAAUUCAUGCUGAUGUCUUAUCAAUAAAUAGAAGAGAACUUUGGGCUGAACUAGCUCCUUUUAGAGAUUUAAAUAAACCAUGGAUGAUUUUAGGUGAUUUCAAUACUAUCACUACUUUAGAUGCAAAAAAGGGAGGCGGAAGACCUAUUACUUCCUCUGUAGCAGAAUUUAAUGAAUGGAUUGAUUAUUAUCAGCUUUUUUCAAGCUCGAAAAACAGGGCUUUAUUCAAUUCUCUAUGGCUAGAUAAAUAUCCUAGUUGGAAAUAUCAAGUUACUUCUAGAGGGAUUUCUGAUCACAACAUUCUUUUGGGCACUAACUCAGAUAUUCAGAAACCUCUAAAUUGCCCAUUUAAGUUUCAAAAGAUGUGGAUUUCUCAUCCUAGUUUCCUACAACUUGUUACUGAUGCUUGGAAAGAAGUUUUUGUGGGCAAUCCAAUCUUCAUUUUCAUGAAUAAACUGAAAUUUUUGAAGAAUAUUCUUAAAAAAUGGAAUUGGGAAGUUUUUGGAAAUAUUCAAGUCAAAUUAAAAGAAGCUGAGAAAAAGGUUUUUGAAACAAAUGCUCUUUCUGAUGCAGAUCGUCAAAAUUUGCUUCUUUUGAAUAAUUACAUCACUACAAGGGGUGAAAGAGAUUUAGUUGCACAAAAUUAUCAUACUAUUCUAAGCCAGAAAGCAAGAGUUAAUUGGAUUAAAUAUGGUGAUGCUAAUACUUGUUUUUUCCAUACUUCAAUCAAGCUAAGACAAGCAACGAAUUCCAUUACAGAACUGGAGAAUGAUGCUGGUGCUAUUGUGACAGAUCAAAAAGAGAUUGCUUCUAUGCUUAUUAACUACUUUUCAAGUAAAUUCUCUGAACACACUGUGGAGAUAUCUGAUACUAUAUUAAAUGUGAUACCUCAGGUCAUUUCAGAUGAUGAAAACUCUUUACUAGCGAGCAUUCCUUCAAUGGAGGAAAUUAAAAAUGCAGUUUUGAGUUAA